UUUGAUGUGGACUUUUUGAAUUUGUCAAACUAGUUGUAGUCUGCUUCUUGUUUUGAAAAAUUCUGAAAUUCCUCUCUAAUAGCAUCUCAUCCUUAGGACUCCUCCCUUUAGCAUGUUGCAUAGCCCAAAGAAGUUCUUCAUCCCAUUGCAUAGGGGACUCUGCUAAAAAAUAGAUGAGAGAUGCUUUUGUUCUCCUCUUCACACAAUGGGCAUAACUGUGUUGCACGCUCCAUUUGAACAACCUCUCCCUUGUGCUUAGUCUUCCUAGAGCAGCCAGCCUGCAGUCCAUUAUUGUUGCACACCAUUUUCCUCCUGCUAAACUAUUGAAACUGCCCCCUCAGUUGCAAGUACAGCUGCUUUGUACACAUUUUAACUAUAUGUGGAACCCCAGCUAAGUCAUAACCAGCUCACAAAAUGUUUUCCAGCUUUUUGAAUCUUCUGAAUGACCCAAGAAUCUUGUUUUAGUAUAUCAGAAGAAAUAUUUCUGUUCUUACCAUAGUAACAAUGUAUCCACUUCACCCAUAAUUUAUCUUUUUUGGCACAAAUAUUCCAAAAUAGUUUCCUAAUAGCUGCUUUGUUCCACGUAGCCACAUCAAGUAUAUCUCAACCACCAGCAACUUUGGGAUAACAAACUCUGUCCCAAGCUAAUAGCGUCUUCUUUCACAGCUCAGUACCUCCUGUACACAAGAAGUUCCUACAAGUAGAUUCAAUGACUUUGAUGACCUUUGUAGGAAGCACAAAUAUCUGUGCCCAGAAAACCUGAAUUGAGAAGAGAAUUGACUUUAUCAAUUGGGUUCUGCCUUCAUGGGAUAGGAAUUUUGUAGUCCAGCUCUUUAUUCUACCUAGCAUCUUAUCCAUGAUGGGUUGACAUUGUACUAUAGAUAUCCUUUUAGUGCUCAAUGGUACUCCCAAAUAUCUUAUAGGAAGGACUCCUUUGCUGAAACCCAGGAUCUCAACUAUCUCAUCUCUGAUAACUCAAUGUUUUCUGUCACCAUUGUUUUUUGGCUACUCCUUUUAUUACUGAUUCAUCUUAUUUCCUUCUUUUUUUUCAGCUUGUGUGUUUGCUAUAAUACCUGCAUUAAGAUUGAAAUCCCAUCAUGUCUAAAUUUGUAGUUGAACCAAAUAAAGCUUCUCACACAGAACUGUUGUAAAAUGCUUUCGAUGAAUGAAUGAAAGCUACUUGUUUUCUUUUUUCGAUAGUAGUAAUUAGUAACCAAAACGACAUAUAAUAUGAUCUUUCUUAUUAUUGUUGAAAUUCUGUAGUAGAUUUUGUUCUUCUGAGCUACAGAGUAUUUGGUGAAUCCUAAUAUUAGUAUGCCAAUGUGGUUUUUGAUCUCUUUCAACUGUCCUAAGGGUUGGGGGAUUAAUUUUAUGAUUGCUAAUAUACAUUGGAAAUUAUUCUUGUAGCUUUGUUGGACAAAUUCCACUUUAGCUGAAGAUUUAUCUGUUACGCAGACCUGGUUUUCUCUUUAAGUAGUAUCAUUUUCAUUAGAUGGGUGAGAAAGAUUUGGAAAUUGAGGAAACAAGUCUAGCACGUUCAGAAGAUGAGAGGGGAGAUGAAGCUAAAACAGAAGUGCGAAAAGUUAAAAAGAAGAAGAAGUCUCUUAAAGAAGCUGUGAAGGCGGAAAAGCGUGGAGUUUGUCACGUAAGUAGAGUACCGCCUCGUAUGGACCACGUGAAACUUCGUCAGGUUCUUUCUCAGUUUGGAGAAAUUCAGAGAAUAUAUCUUGUACCUGAAGCUGCUGCUGCUCAAAUGAAUCGGAAACGGGCAGGUGGGUUCCGAGGGCAAGCAUUUUCAGAAGGGUGGGUUGAAUUUACGAAAAAGAGUGUUGCCAAGAGAAUUGCAAAUAUGUUGAAUGGUCAACAGAUGGGUGGAAGGAAAAGGUCAUCAUUCUAUUACGACAUUUGGAAUGUCAAGUACUUGUCUAAAAUCAAAUGGGAUGAUGUUACUGAUGAAAUUGCACAAAGGCAUGCAGUUCGUGAGCAGAAACUAGCUUUGGAGCUUUCUGCUGCUAAGAGGGAGCGUGAUUUCUAUCUUACACAAGUUGAUAAGUCUCGUGCUUUAAGUUCUAUUGAAGAACGAAUGAAGAAGAAGCAAAAGGUGCAACAGGAAUCUGGGGUAAUUUCUGAUUUCCCAAGUGAACAGUUUGCACCAAAGGUGAUACGACAAUUUCCCCAGAAAAAACCUGUGGCAGAUCAAGCUGGGAAAACCAAGCCUAGUCUGUCCAAGGACGUUUUGGCUGGAGUAUUUGGUGGUCAAUGAUAAGGGCGUACGAAUGCAAACAUUUCAGAAAUUGUGCUUGCCAAUUUUUUCAACCACAUUUAAUUUUGUCGCCUUCAAAAAAAUUCUAUUAGAUGCUGGAAUUAUAGGUGAACCUUGAGCGAAAUUUCAUAUUUAUUUGCAGUUGAUUGUAGAUGUCAUAGUAAUUGUGUUUGUAGCCUUGUUUAACUUUGUCUAAUUAUAAAUGAAUUACUGUAUUUCUCUUGAA